GAUAUUGUAGUCUUUUACUUUCUUCAAUUUUUUGGGGGGGUUAGAGAGAGAAACUUAGAGAGAGAAAGACAUGGAAGUGGAAUUUCAAGGUACAAUUUUGCCGCAAAUUCGAGCAGAAAUUCCUCCUAUUAUCAAACCCAGUAAAACUCAUAUUGCCAUUCUUAAAGUCGCCCCAACUUUUGGAGAAAGCUUUUCUAAUUCAUUUUCAAGAUGGAAAUCACUAGAAGUACAUUGCAACAAUGGUCAAAUCACACAGCAGUCUGCUGUGUUGACUAGUGACAGCCUGAGGCUACCUGAGCUUUCUUUCAACAGGUUGCAGCCUAGUGACAAAGAGUGUGAUGGAUUGCAAAGGCGUCAUUUUGGUCGGUUUCUUGCUCGUGAAGCUGUUCUUGACGAAGAAUACUGGACUGCAGCAUGGUUGCGUGCAGAAGCCCAUUGGGAAUCUGUAUCAUACAUGAGGCACAUUGAUGCAUUUAAACGGAAGUAUGCAGAACAGGAGUUUUAUGCACUGAAACGGCGAUGCUCUGGACUGGAUGGGAAUUCUCUCAAGUGCUUCUGUCUAGUUGCAGUGAAAAGGGAGGAUAAAAAUGCUAGGAGAACUGUGCUUAACAGUGUUGUUGGAACUCUAGAUCUAAGCAUACGCCAAUUUUUGCGAGGAGAAACAUAUCCAGGGGAGACAAAGAGGUCUUCAGGAAUCUUGGCAAGUCAGGGGCCCUUCGAUGCACAUAAGUAUGCAUAUAUUGCUAAUGUUUGUGUUUCAAAAUUUGCUCGACGAAAAGGAAUUGCUCUAAAUUUGCUCUAUUUGGCCACUGAUGUUGCUAUAGCAUCUGGGUUGAAGCAACUGUAUGUUCAUGCAAAUUUAGACAACAAGGCUGCUCAAGAAUUAUACAUUAAAGCAGGUUUUAAGAUUGUGGAGGCAGCCUCCUCCGCCUCGGAAGAUCAAAGGCUUCUAAUGUUGAAGGUGCUAUGAGCCUUCAAAGAUUUCAUACAAAUUUAUUUCCAACGUCAACAUGUAAAUGUGUUAAUAACCUUCUUGACAAAGGUAUCUCUCUUAUGUCUCCUCCAUUGUACAGUGAUUUACCGUCUCUUUUGCCUAUUUUAGUUGGUAAAAGUUGCCAAUUUGUUUUUUAUGUUUGGCAUGUAAAACUUCUAGCAUCUUAAGUUGUAACAUGUGAAUAUGAUGUUCGGUUUCAUAGUUUCUGUACAUAAUAAAAUAAUUUUUAUUGCUGGUUUAUAUCUA